ACCACCACCACCCUCAAUUGGCAAAUUGUAUUCUGUCUUGCUAGCUGCCUUUCUCAACUCAAAACAAUACCCUCCAAAUUCCUGCCUCUUCCCUCUUUUCCUCAACUUCCUCUCACCUCAAAUAAAACCGUCACACAUUUAAGUCAAAAUCAUUUCCCUGUCCUAACACCGAGACCUUAACUGGAAAAAGAAAAAAAAAUGGGCACUGCCUUCGACGACACUAGCCGCAGCCGGCAGCCACACCGCGUGGCCAUCCCGCCGGCGAAGCCGUUCCUCCAGACGCUGAAAUCCAACCUGAAGGAAACCCUUUUCCCCGAUGACCCCUUUAGGGAGCUCAAGAAGCAGCCGUCGGCUUCGAGGAAGCUGCUGCUCGGGCUGCAGUACUUCAUCCCGAUCCUCGAGUGGGCCCCGCGCUACACCUUCGCCUUCUUCCGGGCCGAUCUCGUCGCCGGGAUCACCAUCGCCAGCUUGGCCGUCCCUCAGGGCAUCAGCUACGCCCAGCUCGCCAGCCUUCCCCCCAUCGUCGGACUCUACUCGAGCUUUGUGCCGCCAUUGGUGUACGCGAUGCUAGGGAGCUCAAGGGACGUGGCGGUGGGGACGGUGGCGGUGGCGUCGCUGCUGAUAUCGACCAUGUUGGGGAAGGAAGUGAGCCCCGUGGAGAAUCCCAAGCUCUACUUCCAGCUGGCGGUCACGGCGACUUUCUUCGCCGGAGUGUUUGAAGCGAGCCUUGGAUUUCUCCGGCUCGGGUUUAUCGUGGAUUUUUUGUCGCACGCGACGAUAGUUGGGUUCAUGAGUGGAGCAGCCACGGUUGUCUGCCUGCAACAGCUGAAAGGAAUAUUGGGAUUGGUCCACUUCACUCACGAGACGGAUAUAGUAUCCGUUAUGCGUUCCAUAUUCACCCAGACCCACCAGUGGAGAUGGGAAAGUGGGAUUCUAGGCUGUUGCUUUCUCUUCUUCCUCCUCACCACCAGAUACUUUAGCAAGAGGAAAUCAUACUUCUUUUGGAUAAAUGCCAUGGCGCCUCUCACUUCUGUUGUUCUUGGGAGUGUCCUUGUCUAUUUCACCCAUGCUGAGAAACAUGGUGUUCAAGUGAUUGGGAACCUGAAGAAAGGGUUGAACCCGCUAUCGAUCACCGAUUUAGCAUUCGGGUCGCCCCAUUUGAUGGUAGCCAUUAAAACUGGGAUCAUCACUGGAAUCAUUGCUCUUGCUGUAAGUAACAUACUAACAUUUGCAUAGCUGCAGGAAAAAGUGUCGACCUUUCUGUCAUUAACGUGAAGCCAUGACACAAAAACAUGGUUCUGUUCUGUUCUGUUCUCAGGAAGGAGUAGCAGUUGGGAGGAGCUUUGCACAGUACAAGAACUACCACAUCGACGGCAACAAAGAGAUGAUCGCAUUCGGGACGAUGAACAUCGUAGGCUCCUUGACCUCCUGCUACCUGACCUCGGGCCCAUUCUCGCGAACCGCGGUGAACUACAACGCGGGGUGCAAGACAGCAGUGUCCAACAUAGUCAUGGCGGUGGCUGUGAUGUUCACUCUGCUUUUCCUGACCCCGCUCUUCCACUACACUCCCCUCGUGGUGCUCUCUUCGAUCAUCAUGGCAGCGAUGCUCGGCCUGAUCGACUACGAGGCCGCAUUCCACCUCUGGAAGGUCGACAAGUACGAUUUCGCGGUCUGCCUCGGUGCCUAUGUUGGUGUGGUGUUUGGCAGUGUGGAGACUGGCCUGGUCAUUGCUGUUGCGAUUUCUCUGGUGAGGAUGCUGUUGUUUCUCGCCAGGCCGAAGACUGGCCUCCUUGGCAACAUUCCGAACUCGAUGAUCUACAGAAGCAUGGAUCAGUACCCGAAUGCGGAGAGUGUUCCUGGAGUUAUGAUUCUGCAGAUUGAUGCUCCUGUCUAUUUCGCCAAUGCGAAUUAUUUGAGAGAAAGGAUUUCGCGAUGGAUCGAUGAAGAGGAAGACAAGUUGAAAUCCAGGGGAGGUUCGAGCUUGCAAUUCGUCAUACUUGACAUGACCUCAAUUGGUAACAUAGACACAAGUGGAAUUAGUAUGCUGGAAGAAGUGAAGAAGAACACAGACAGGAAAGAGCUAAAGCUGGUGCUGGCGAAUCCGCGGAGCGAGGUGAUAAAGAAGCUAGACAAGUCACAGUUCAUCAAAACAAUUGGUCAGGAAUGGAUAUACCUAACUGUAGCAGAAGCUGUGGCGGCUUGCAACUACAUGUUGCACACUUGCAAUCCGAAACAUGUUACAACAGCAGAAGCCAAUGGACAAGACAGUAAUGUCUGAAUACCCUGAUUAGUUCCCAGUAACUUGAAAAUGUUUUGGGGCACCAUUGCUGGUUGGAACUAUGUAUUGUUAGUGAUAAAGCUAUCUCGAUAUAGUUAUCAAGCAGCAGGCCCUCUCUGAUCUUGUUAUUUAUCCAGAAAGAUCUUGCUUGGGCCUGCUUCAUUAUUAGAAAGCUUCUAAUGAAGCUGAUUGUAGUCUUUCUUCAAAAUGGAAUGAAACCAGAAGCUGCUCGUUCCACUUCAUUUUAUGUUGUUCAUGUUUAGUCGAGUGUUGACAAUGAGAACUUCGAGGCAGGAGCAGUGAGCACAAAUUCUCAG